AUGAUGGCGAUGGCGAGCUUGUUCAACGAUCAGCAGAAUCCGAUUCAGCAGUUACAGGUGAAAUUCAAGGAAGUCGAAACUGGUUUCAAGACGUGGUUGUCGAAGCAAUCUCUUCCGGUGGAAGCCGCCGUGGUAUCCACCAUGAGCGGUGUACAGGGAGCUUUUAUCGGAGGUCUCAUGGGAACUCUCUCCCCUGAAAUGCCUCAGUCCGGCGUUGACCCUCAAGCCAUGGCCUCGAUGAAGCAAGCUCAGGCUCUUGUUGGUGGUCCAUGGGUCCAGGCUCGGAAUUUUGCUGCCAUUACUGGUGUUAAUGCUGGGAUUGCUUGCGUAAUGAAACGGAUCAGAGGCAAAGAGGAUCUUGAGUCUGCCGUGGUCGCAGCAUUAGGAUCUGGAUUCGCAUACUCUUUGGUGAGCCAAGGCUUGCAAGGACAACCGAUGAAUGCAAUCACCACCGCCGCUGGUUUUGCUGUUUUUCAAGGAAUUUUUUUUAAGUUGGGAGAAAGAUUCUCUAAACCGAGCCCCGAAGAUCCAUUUUACACUCGAUCAAGAACUAUGCUACUGAAGCUAGGCCUAGAGAACGCGCUAAGAGAUGUGAGCAUCCCACCAGGGCCAAGGCUUCUAAUACUAGACCAUAUCCAGAGGGACCCUGAGAUAAAGGGCAAACGAGGAAAGUAG